CAGUUCAUGAGUAAAACCAAUCGGAACCUGCAUUGGGGUGUCCACGAACCGGCGUACCACGAGGACUGUCAUGAAUUCCAUCAUGAAGCAGAAUAACUACUCGUAUGUAUUCGCCUUUGAAAAACAAUAUGAUGAGACCAAAUUUUUCAAGUAUAUGGUCACGCACUGGGCGGAUAGUUUUGUUUAUGCAUUCAUCUACAUCGUAUUGGUCUUUGGGGGGAAGCGGUAUAUGGAGGAACGCCCAAGUUACGGACUACGACCGUGGCUAGCUCUUUGGAGUGGUAUCUUGGCUGUGUUUAGCAUAUUCGGUGCAGCUAGGACACUCCCGGAACUUAUUAUGGCUGUUAAUCAACAUAGUUUGGAAUAUUCUAUUUGUGUACCGUCAUACCUCGAAAACGCAGCUGCAGUGUGGACAUUCCUCUUUACUGUGUCAAAAGUGUACGAAUUAGGUGACACAAUAUUUAUUGUUCUUCGAAAGCAGCCCCUCAUAUUUCUACAUUGGUACCAUCAUGUGACUGUCCUGAUUUACUGCUGGUACAGCUACCCGGAGAGAACGGCCGUUGGCAGGUGGUUCAUGGUGAUGAACUACAUGGUCCAUUCCAUCAUGUACUCCUACUAUGCACUGAAAGCCAUGCGGUUCAACGUACCCAAGUGGAUAUCUAUGUUCAUCACCUUUUCACAACUUUUACAAAUGGUGAUUGGAUGUCUUGUGAAUGUUUGGGCAUACCAGAUUAAAAAUGAGGGGAAAUUUUGUAAUGUAUCUUAUGAUAAUAUAAAAUAUUCCCUGAUUAUGUAUGCAAGCUACUUCAUUUUGUUUGCCCAUUUCUUUUACUCGGCGUAUCUAUCUGGUAAACCUAAGUCAUCAAAAGCAGGGAAGAAAGAGUAAACUUUAGUGAAACUAUUUUGAAUAUGCACAAAAAUGCAAUCAUUGUUUAAAUUUUACAUCAAUCAAUUUUGUAAAAUCUUUCAACUUGAGUAAAGAAAUUUGUAUUUGCAAUCAAGAAUCACAACUACAGUCUGGAACAGAAAUUAAAACAUUAACUGACUCUUAACACUCACACUAUAUGUAUUCUUUCAUAGAAUGAAUAUGUUUUGUUGGUUUUGUUGGUACUUGCAAACAAUAUGCUGAUUUUUUAUUGUAACUUGAUAUUAAUAUGGAACUUGUUAAGGGUAAUGAAGAAAAUAUGUAAACUAAGUCAACUGCGGAGCUUUACCUCAAAGUCACAAUUUAUGCUUUGUUUAAUGUUUCAGUACUUAUUAUUUUAAUUUAAGAACAAUUUCAAUAUAUUAGGUAUUUAUUGUUGACUAAAUGAUAGUUAUGUAAUUGUAUCAUAAGAUGUGUAAAGCCCAAUAUAAGCUGUGUAUUAGAGUACCAAAGAAAAAAUAUAUAAACCCAGGAAUUUUCUUAAAGCAGAUCUACGACACUUUUACCCAAACGAAUAUUAUUUCUUUUUUUUUUCAUCAGUGCUUGCUAAACCUUUUAGUGAUUCUCAAUUUAUAUUGAAUGUUUGUUAUAAUUUUCUUUGCAAUUUGGUGCAUUGUUUAUUUUAAUACUUUGUUUAAGAAGGAGUUAUUAAUGUGUAAGGAAAACUACUUAUAUAUACAUUCACAUGUAUAGGUAAAAUAAUGGCAGAUAGUGCAUGUACCAUGAUUAAUCCAUAGUGCUUUCACCCUUCUAGGCUCCCUGGCUCCUCAAUACACACUAUACAUUUUCAUUUUGGUCAUGAAAUGGAUGUCACAAGAUUAAUGCACAUGGUGCAUAUGCUUGGUAUCAGAUUGAUUAAACAAAACAGCACACGUGUGGUUAGGCCUAAAAAAAAAAAAGUUGUGUGUUUAGGGUAACCCUACCUAACGUACAAAAAUGCCCCAAUCCUAUAAUUUUUAGAUGUCUGUUUUUAUCCUAUUGUGAAUUUUAUAGUAUCUCUAUUAAAAAAUCUGUUUUUAAAUAUGACACAAACAAACAUUCUUAGGAUUCAUGCAGAAAAAAAUAUGAUAAAAUAAAAAAAAUCCCUACCUACCUAACCUAAUUUUUUCAUCAGUGUUACCCUAAACACACAAUUUUUUUUAUAGGCCUUAGGAAUAAAACUUGCUGCAAGAAAACGUAAUAUGGGAUAUGAAAGCAAUGUAAAGUUGCUGAAAUGUUUGUAAUGCAAUUAUUGACGAAUUAUUGUUUCAAAUCAAGUGACAGUAUGUGAUCCCAGCAAGAUACACACAUGGUUGGUGGUAAAAUUUUGUUAUCUAUUAUCUGGUGUUAAAUGAAGGUCAUAUAUAGUAUUCAAUUUAAAUUUUACCUGUUCAAGGUGAGGAAACGGAUUUUAAUCUGAACUGACCUCAAUUUCCUGGGUAAGUUCAGUAACUGAGACAAGUUUUGAUAAGAUUAACAUGUUGGAGUUUUGCUGUAACAUUUCAAAUUUUAAAAGGUUAAAUUAAGACAACUGCUCAACCUUUAUUCAGCUUGAACUUGGAACAUUGUAUAAUUAAAUGUUUUAAAUACCUUCUUGCGAAGUAUUGAAUAUAUGGAUUGACUUGUCUUGUAUCAAUAUUAUUAGUUUAAGUGACCUGCUGUUCAGAAGAAAGGGUCAUUUUAAAAGUAUUUUGCAAUAGCCUAUUUCUUAUUUUUGAGGGCAGAUAAUUCCAUGUUUAAACUUUUAUCUUUAAUCCAUUUUUUUUAUGUGUUGUUUUUGUCAAAAGACAACUUUUAUUGCAAUCCUGUUUUAUACUACUGGUGUCAUUUUAUACUAAUGACAAUUUUUCACAAAGUUUUCACUUGUAAGCACUUUUUAAUAGGGUCAUGGUGCAGUACGGCUACAGUCAAUGGGAUUAGUUAGCACCUUGGUGUGACCAGGAAAUAAUCCUUCUGAAUGUAAAAGGUGUAUUGUGAAAUUAUGAAGCAUGUAUUUUAUACGAUGAACUGUAUCUUGUAGAUGAUAACGGUAAUAUUGCAUAGAUUCAUGAAAUCCAGUAAAUGUAUCAUGUUUGUCAGUUUGAGAAACCAUAAUAUGCUGUAGGGUACAAAUAUUAACAUGAAGAUGUGAUGUUCAGUGAUUGUAAUUGAUUUUCUGUAUGUUAAAGUGAUGUUCUGAGUUGUUAAUUUUACUAUAACACUUCAUUCUUAUUUAUUGCAAGCAACACAAGACCAGGUCAUACACAGUUAUGCAUCCAAACUUUGCUGCACUCACAAAACCCCCUCAUGAAGAUAUUGAUGUCUGAGGAACAGGAAUACACUGAUCAAUAACCUUGUAUCUCGGUGUGUAAGCCUGUAUGAAUGAAAUAUCAAUCGGAGCAGGAUUUCAACUGAUUGUAACAAUAUGUUCUAGUGCUAGUUUGUAAUAUUGUAGAUUUUCUAUGCUCUGAGCCUCGUGGACAUCAAAAUCUGAUAUUUUGUGGGUGCAUGCAGCUUUUCUGACAAGGAACAAGCGCCUAUGUGCAUGAUUUAUUGACACAAUUAAAAUAGAUAAUCCA